AUCACCACACUACAUUACCAUACGCUUGGAUCGUGUACGAUUUUGUCGUUGGCCACAAUGCCUUCCGACACACAGCAUCAUCGGAUUCGCGGCCUAGCUACGUUCCGACGUCUCAGGCAAGACGUCCGCUCAGCCUUCUCAAGGCACCCACAGGCUACAUUGAAUGAUUCAGCACCUGUUUACAAUGCUCUAUCGUACGUUUGGGGGGUCGACCCACCCAAGGUCACGAUCAUAUGCAAUGGCCAACGCCUCAAAAUCAGACCAGAACUUUCAUUUGCUCUCGUGAGGCUAAGACUCAAGCAUACCGCUCGAAUCAUAUGGGCCGACGCUCUUUGCAUCAAUCAGGUCGACAACCAAGAGAAGAGUCAUCAAGUUCCUCUGAUGGGCAAAAUUUUCUCGCGGGCAACAGAGGUCAAUGUUUGGCUGGGUCGCGGCGAAAAGAACGUCAUCAAAUCGGCCAUUGAGUGUUCGAAGUUGAUCGCGAAUGCAUGCAGAGAGUUCAGCUUAGCACAUAACCUGGAUCUAGACGAAGAUGAAACACUUGCAGCAGUCGAAAUCCCAAUCACUGUAUUCACUGUCACAGUAUGCGGUGGCCUUGAAGAGCUAUUCACUCGGCCGUUGUUUACGAGAGUCUGGUGCGUACAGGAAGUACUGUUAGCACGGGAUGCGCUUGUCAUUUGGGGCGAGCAUGAGCUGCCCUGGAAAGACGUCGGUCUAACCGCCAGUUGGAUCGUGAGCAAGUGGGCUGCAUGUGAAGGUGACGGGGAACUAGGAAGUCUGUUGACCACCAUCGAUGUAGGGGACGUGUAUGACAUGUACGAUUUUGAUCACUUUGGAGCGUCACUCCUCGAGACAUUGUCGGAUUUCCGCAGAUUCCAAUCAACAGACCCAAAAGACAAAGUCUACGGUCUCAUUAGUCUUGUUAGUAAUGAACCUGACAUUGGGUCGAUCAUUCCGGAUUACGAGAAGAGUGUAGCAGAUGUUUAUGCAGAAACGGCUCUACAUAUUCUUACUGUUACUCAGCAAUUACCGGUGUUUGGGCAAAUAUCACACGACGCAGACUACGAUGGAGAAGAUGGAUACCGAUCUUGGGCGCCACGCUGGGAUUGCUCUUUCAACACCACUACGAUCGGUAGUAAAUUUGGGGUUUCUGGAAUUGGCGCCUGUAGCAGACGAGAGACCCAGAAUAUUGCUGCGAAGCAUAUCGAGGGCGGGCAAUUAUAUCUCACCGGAAUUAUCUACGCCGCAGUGACUAUAGUAGAUAGUACAUUCGACAUGAAAGCUUUAAUACAGCCUGAAGGGCUUCGGAGGCACCGCCUACUCGCUAAGACUUGCGAAGAGAUCGACUGGGAUGACCCCGAAAAGGACACGACUUUGCACAAUCUAGCUCGAACAUUGACCGCUGGUUAUAGCACCGACGAUGAUAGCCUCAAAACGCUUGACAACAAAUCACUCUCCGCUCAUUACGAAAGAUUCAGAAAUUUCUUUGAGUGGUGGCAAACAUCCCAAACAGCAGACUGGAACGACGUGCGUGGCGAUGCACAACGAUACCGGUCGACUCUAAUAAUUCGCUGCCAGAAUCGCCGCUUUUUCUUGAUAUCCAAAUACAACUACGGCAUUGGCCCAGCAUGUAUGCGUGAGGGCGAUAUCGUCGUGGUACUCUAUGGUGGUGACGCGCCAUUCGUGUUGCGACCAAAAAGCGACAAAUAUCUUAUGCUAGGCGAAGCAUAUGUCGACAGUAUCAUGAACGGUGAGCUUGUGAAGGAAGUUGAAGAAGGGAAACUACAAGAGCAAGAAUUCUGUCUCAUCUAG